UUUCACCUGCUCAGCCAACUGCCCCAGCAAUGGCACACGCGGGCGAGCUGACGGGCAAAGCACCAAUGGCGGUGGCGGUGGCAGUGGCGGUGUUGCUGUUGGUCUUGGAGUUGCCGGCGAAGGCAGACCCGCAAGUGCCGUGCUACUUCAUCUUCGGCGACUCGCUCGUCGACAAUGGCAAUAACAACGAUAUGGGGUCGCUGGCGGUCGCCAACUACCCGCCAUACGGCAUCGACUUCGAUGGUCCAAGCGGACGGUUCACCAAUGGCUUGACCACCGUCGACGUUAUCGCUCGACUUCUGGGAUUUAACGACUUAAUACCGCCCUACGCAACCACAAGAGGCCGAGCGCUCCUCUCCGGCGCCAAUUUCGCUUCCGCGGCUGCUGGAAUCAGAGAAGAAACCGGCCGGCAACUGGGUGGCAGAAUACCAUUUGGUGGGCAAUUGCAGAACUACCAAUCAGCAGUGCAGGAAAUGGUGAGCAUUCUGGGAGACGAGGACUCUGCAGCCAAUUACCUGAGCAAGUGCAUCUUCUCCGUUGGCAUGGGAAGCAAUGACUACCUCAACAACUACUUCAUGCCGGCCUUCUACAACACCGGCCAGCAGUACACUCCUGAGCAAUUUGCCGAUCAGCUCAUCCAACAGUAUUCUCAACAGCUAAGGACUCUGUACAACUAUGGAGCGAGAAAGGUGGCGUUGAUAGGAGUUGGCCAGGUCGGGUGCUCCCCCAACGAGCUGGCUCAGCACAGCCCCAAUGGAGUCACCUGCGUCGAGGAGAUCAACAGCGCCAUCAAAAUCUUCAAUGGGAAGCUGAUCAACUUGGUGGACCAAUUCAACACCAUGGACGGAGCACAUUUCAUCUAUAUCAAUGGCUAUGGAAUCUUUGAGGACAUUAUCAAAAAUGCUGGAUCUUACGGUUUGACUGUUACGAACAGGGGCUGUUGUGGGGUGGGGAGGAACAAUGGGCAGAUUACAUGUCUGCCUUACCAAUCACCAUGCUCAAACAGGAAGGAGUACUUGUUCUUUGAUGCCUUCCAUCCAACGGAAGCUGGGAAUGUCAUCGUUGGAAGGAGAUCUUAUAAAGCUGGAUCACCUUCUGAUGCAUACCCUAUGGACAUCAGUCACCUUGUACGAGUAUGAAUCCUGUUAGAUUAUUGAUGCUAGAGGAGUUAUGGUCCUAUUUCUGCUAUAAACUUGGCACUUUAAGUGGAACCAUAAAGAUAUAAUUAUCAAUAAUUGUUUGAGAUAUUGUUUACUUUUGAAGAUAGUACAUUACCCUUUAUUUACUA